UUCUUAUUAAUAUCUCCUCCUUAAAUGAUUCCACAGUAGAAUUAUGAAUGAAACCAUAUAUUUCAAUCAAGUUGGCAGCUCGCGGAUCAUAAUAAAAACAAAACGUGCAACCGGUGAGAGAAAUGCCGCCCAAAUCAAAUAGUAAGAAAAAUCAGGCCAGUUGGUUUCACUGCGAAACUUGCGGAGCUCAUAUUCCCUCCAAGGCGAGGGACAAUCAUGAGGAAAUAUGCCCCACUCUUAGUCAGGGCGAGAUUGACCCAAAUUCCACGGCGGAGUUUGUGCGAAGUGGGGUCCUCUAUACCACAAGCGUCCAGCAGCGAAACUUUGAAGUGGAUUCCCUCAAGGAUCUACCUCUCAAGUACACCAACAUGAUCAUCUUCCUCUCCGAGGGAGCUAUGCAACUGGCGCAGCUACAUAUCGGUCAGCACGUGGUUAUUCAGGCGUUGGCGACGGAAGAGCCACCUUUGGUAAGGAUCGUAUGGCCAAUUCCGGAGCAGUUCCUUUCCACCAUCUUUGUGAACGAUGCGGACUUCAAAUUCCAUUGGACCUCACUGCGGGGAAAACUCUUGAAAAUAUGCGCCCUGGACACGAGUCGACUUAUAGCCGCUUCCAGCAUCUCACUUCGUCAGAUGAACAGCAAAGAGGCACCUUUGCGCGCAGAACAGCUUCAGGACGCUACCCACAUAGUGAAAAAGGACAUUGUGAACCAUAUCUAUUGCGUGGGCAGUCGAAUUCGUACAAAUUUCUUCAACAAAUCGCUGACUUUCGCUUUCGAGCACUGGCAAAGUUCUGUGGAGGAAACUUUGUCGAAUCUUAGUCUGGAAUCCAAGCCCCUAACUUUUGUACAGGUCACUAAUGUCACGAAGCUCCAAUUGGUAAAUGGAGCUGAGGAACAUCCUCAGGAGAAACAGCCGAGCAGUAGUCGCAUCACGAAGUCCCAAAUCGGUGGCCUAGACAGACACUUGCAGCUGGUUGAGGAAAGCAUGGAGUAUGCUUUGGGUUUCAGGAAAUUACCAGCAGGCCUUAAGGUUUCCCGUGGAAUGCUACUCUAUGGGGCUACCGGCUGCGGAAAGUCCAUGAUCCUGGAGGCCAUGUCCUCGGUGGCCGAGGAACGCAGCCACGGGCACAUCAAACUGAUACCCAUCAAUAGCUGCGAAGUGUAUAGCAAAUUCCUUGGCGAAACGGAAAAGAGACUGGCUGAAAUUUUUGAACUGGCAUACAAUCACUAUCCGCAUCCCACUCUCCUGCUGAUUGAGGACAUCCACAACCUGUGUCCCAAGCAAGAACCCACUGACUUGGUCAAGCGCGUCUCGCUCUCCUUUCUUUCCCUUCUGGAUCAGCUGAAUAGUCCCCGGAAUCUAAAGGGAAGUAAAACUUUUGUGUUGGCGACAAGCUCGCAGAUUGAGGCACUGCAUCCGAGUAUACGAAGAGCUGGUCGGUUGGACAGCGAAGUUGAGCUAGGGGCGCCUAGUCCCACAGCCAGAAAGGACAUCAUCAAGUGUCUGACGUCUUCAGUACAAAACAUACUAGGUGAAGAGGAUCUGGAGCACAUGGCGUCCAUAACUCACGGCUACGUAGGAGCGGAUUUGGCGAAUUUGGUUUAUGCAGGAAUGCUAAAUGCUCACCCGAAUCCCCUGCAGCUCCAGCAUCUUCAGGCAGCCUUGACACGCAUCAAGCCCUCAGCCAUGCGAGAGGUACUAAUUGAGUGCCCCAAUGUGCAGUGGUCGGAUAUCGGGGGUCAGUCCGAGCUCCGUUUGGCGAUGCAGCAGGCGAUUGAGUGGCCGCUGCUCCACGCGGAAAAGUUCCAGCGAUUGGGCAUCAAGCCACCCAGAGGAAUCCUUAUGUUCGGCCCACCAGGCUGUUCGAAAACAAUGAUAGCCAAAGCCCUGGCCACGGAGAGCAAACUAAACUUCCUGUCCAUCAAAGGGCCGGAACUCUUCUCGAUGUGGGUGGGUGAGUCUGAGAGGGCGGUGCGGGAGGUGUUCCGGAGAGCUCGUCAGGUGGCUCCUGCCAUAGUUUUCUUUGAUGAAAUUGACGCUAUCGGUGGGGAGAGAGCGGACGGUGAUUCAGGGUCGUCCUCGGUGAAGGAACGCGUCCUGACGCAGUUGCUCACCGAAAUGGAUGGCGUGGAGGCCCUGCAGAACGUAACCAUUGUGGCGGCCACCAAUCGACCUGAUAUGAUCGACAAGGCUCUCCUCCGUCCGGGAAGAAUCGAUCGGAUUCUCUACGUCGGAUUGCCGAAAGCCGAAGCCCGCCGGGAAAUCCUGAAGAUCAAACUGCGAGCAAUGCCUCUAGCCGAUGGAGUGGACAUGGAGAAGUUGGUGCAACUAACGGAUGGAUAUUCUGGUGCGGAGAUUCAGGCCGUGUGUCAUGAGGCAGCACUGAGGGCUCUGGAGCAGAGCUUUGAGGCGGAGCAUGUUCAGUGGGCGGACUUCGAGCAUGCCCUCAAGGCGGUGCCACCAAGGACCAGUCCGGAACUGUUGAAACUCUACGAAGAUUAUCUGAAAAGGUAAACGGUCUUUAUAAGAAAUAGAAGUUAUAUGUGAUUGUAAAUAUUUUUAAUAAUACUUUGUCUAAUAGAACUUUAAAAAUUGUAUAAUAUAAAUCACAAGUCUUCUGAUUCUAAAUCAACAAGGCAAUGUCAGGCAAUAUUAAGAUAUAUAGGCUGCGUAGUUGGUUUAGAACAUCCCCUGGCUAUAAUUUAGUGUCCAGAGAUUAGGCCGAAAUGAUAAGAAACCCCCAAUGCCAGUAAUCAGGGAACUGCUUGAUUUUCAUUUGUAUUCUACUCCACUUCAGCUUUUAAUUUUAAAUAAAAUUCCGGCAUGGAAUUCGUUUAUAAAUCAUGUGUCGAAACAAUGUGUUCUCAAAAAAUUUGAUGCGUCAGUUAAUUGGAAAUAAAUUAAUUUCGAGCAACUGAAAUUUCUCAACUAAUAAAGGGGCUUUCUCGAAUCUUAACACAAGUGGAGAACUGUUAAGUCUUGUUGUUGGGGAAAUCAAUUCUUUUUACUCGAAAAAUAUACUCUCGACGGUCUCAGAUCUGAGAGCCGAUAUAGAAUUCAAUUUUAAGAAAAAUUGUUUGUUUCACGGUCCACUAAGGUCAUACAGUGUUGACAAAAAUUUAAGAUUUAUGAUGAAAUAAAUGUUAAUUUUUAAUCUUUUUUUUCACAAAAAUAAAGUAAAACUAUGUCUUUUUUCAAA